CUCCCGGACAACACCAGCGCGACUGAUAAUCGAUGGUAUCGACUAUCGAACGUUUUCUCCGCCUCUACACGCCAGUCCUUGAGCCACCGUGUUGUUUAUCUAUCGCGCGCCACGAAUUUCCGCCGCCCGUUUCGUAAUUCGUUCUCGCACGUAUCGUGCGUCCGUGCCGUCGAUGUCUGAUGCGUCUGACCCGUCGACAUGGCGUUGUUCCCGCGGUGACGGACGUCGGGCACCCCAAACACUUGGCGUCACCGGAAUCGGAUCGUUGUUAAAUGACCACUGAGUAUACAUAAACUAUGCCAUUGCCAAAGCGUGUUGUAGAACCUGUGCAUGUAGCACGUAACACAGUCUCACAAGCAGGAAGUUAUGGUGCUACGAGUUCAAUAUCUAAUGAGUUAGAAGCUGUCACAAAUGGCACCCUUGCUAAUACAGUACGUCAGUUGUCAAGCUUAUCUAAACAAGCUGAAGAUAUGUUUGGCGAACUUGUACGUGAAGCCCAUUCACUUACUGUACGAGUUAAUUCAUUACAAAUUAGGUUAGAUAGAUUGUCUGUCAACACAAAACAAUUAGAUAGUACUGGCGAAGAAGUAUCCUUACAAGACAUUCAUAUGAGAAAAGCUUUCAAAAGUGCUAUUGUAUUUGAUCAACAAGUUCUUUCAAGGGAUACAAUGCCUGCGCCAAUGCUUGAAAUGUAUUCUCAAUGUGAUAAACCUCCUCCUCUUUAUAAACUCAAUCCUUAUCGAGAGGAUGGUAAAGAUGGAAUGAAGUUCUAUACAGAUCCAGAUUACUUUUUCAAUUUAUGGAGGUUAGAAAUGUUAAAAGACACUGAAAAAAUGAUGCAUGAUCGUGGAAAAAAGCCUCAUAGACCCAAAGCAGAAGGGAGUGGUGGUCGUCAUAAAAAAAGAGUCCGACAACCAUAUAGUACGAGAGAACGACAAAGACAACUUGCUACUCAGCAUGGAGAGUAUAUUAUGCCUCAAGAUAACUCUCAUUAUAGGGCACCACAUCAGCCUUAUGAAUACAUGGAAGAAAGCACAAUGAUGUUGGGCUUAUCAAUGAAUGAUCAACACCGACCAUCACGACCAAAUAGUAUAGAGUUACGUCGAUCUUACGGUCCAGAGCAACUACAUAAUCAUCACACAGGAAAUAACAUGGUAGAUGGACGUAUUUAUAGUCCUCCCCCUAUGAAUAUAAUUGAUAGCAAUAACUACGCUGCACCACUCGGUAGCAAUAGUAUGAUGUAUGAUGAAUCAAACUUAUACAAUCAUCAAACGCAACAAAAUAAUUACCAGUAUACGGGUAGUAUGGGUGAAGUAAUUAGUCCAUUGGGAACACCUAGUCGGGGAGGUAGAAUUAGACCAUCUCAACCACCCCCUGCUCCUCCAAGCAAUAAUAAUUCAAAUAACAGUACACCCACUGUAUCAUCAGCCAGCACUCCAACUCGUGGUCGCAGUUUGAGUUCCAAUCGUGAAACAUUACCACCUCCGCCACCUCCUCCAAUUGAAAACAAUUUACCUUUUACUGAACCUUUACCACCACCACCACCACCUGUAUCUAUUAGUCCUCCUUUACCUUCAGCUAACAUUCCACCUCCUCCACCUUUACCGCCAAUGCCUGAUCCACCAGCAUCAUUAGCCAAUGGUGAUGUAAAAUCACCACCAAAACAAAAGUCUCCAUCCAAUCUUAUAAUUCAUUCAAAACCAUUGAUACUUCCUGCUGACUGUAAUAAUGUGAGACCACUAAAUGGUGUUAUUAAUGAUUUAAAAACAACUGUAACCAAUAUCAGUAGUGGCACUGUUAGUGCAUUGAAAAAAACACCUGGGCCAGGUCAUGUUGCUCAUUAUGAUCCACGUAGUGAUUUGCUUAAGGCUAUUAGAGACGGUGUUGAGCUGAGAAAAGUAGAAAAAAUAAAACAAAAAGAAGGAGAGCGUAGCAAUGCAUUACAUGAUGUUGCUUCAAUAUUAGCACGUCGUGUAGCUGUUGAAAUUUCUGAUUCCGAUUCUGCAUCAGGCAGUGAAUAUGACAGUGACGGCUGGGCUGAAGAGACUUGUGCUUAGUAAAUAAUUUAAAAUAAUAUUAAUCAGUAAUUUUAACAAACAUUCCUUGUCAUUGUCUACCAAUAUUUUAAGU